GUCAGUUUCAUAGGUGUUGCAUGUUGUAGGUUAUUGUGUAGGUUGUAGGAGGUGUUCUUUUGAAAUAAUAAUAAUAAAUUUAUAGGUAGGGUUUGUUAUUUAUUAACAAUACCUCCACAUUAUAGAAAUAUACGAUCAUUGAGGGGUUUUUUGUAAAAACGAAUAAUGCCUUAUUGUCCGUUUCAAUAACCACAAAACUAUCAUACUAUGCCUCGGGAUCGUGAAAGGAACCGGUACCGUGAAAAGCGAAGUUCAUCCUAUAGUUCCGAGUCUUCAUACGACCGUAAAAAAUCAAAGAGUAAACAUAAACGACGUACACGAUCAAGAGAUCGAUCUGAGUCAGGCAGCCACAGGAGGAAACGGUCAGUCUCUAGAUCGAAGCAUAGAAGACGUAGUUAUUCCAGAAGUGUAUCCAAGGACCGAUAUGACAGUAAAACUAAGCGAAGAUCAUCGUCGCGAUCACGCUCAAAACGCGCUAAAUAUUCCCGAGAACGAUCCCGCUCAAGAUCCAGCUCACGCAACUAUAGCAAAAGCACUCGAAAACAUAAAAGACAUUCACGGUCCAAAAGUAGAUCUGACUCAUUUGAUAUAGAACCAAGAACUCAAAAAGUAAAUCUGGAUGAUACAGACACAAAAGUUGAGAGAGCAAUCAAAGCUGCCGAGGCAGCUGGCCUCACCAUGACCAAGCUGCCCACAUAUGACUACAAAGAGGUAGAAGUAAAGGAGGACAUGCCUACAAUACAUGAUAGAAACCUUCUUGAUGAACUCAACAGUGACUCUUUUGUUCAGAAAUCCUUUACUUCGUCCAAAAAUAAGAAACAAUCGCAAAAUAUUGUUAUUGAUCUAAAUGCACAAACAGUAAAGGUGCCUGAAACAAAGAUGGAACCCAAAACAGAGGACUCUAUAAUUGAUUUUAAUGUAUCAAACUAUUGUUGUAUAAAAGAGAGAGCCUUAUUAUUUUCGGGCAGCCAUUAACCAAAUGUUGAAAUACCAAGUCCAGAUGAAUUAAAAGAGAUGUGGAUCAAAAAGCUUUACUUGUACAGAAAAAAAGCUCUGAAGGGUGAAAUAUCAUAAAGUGUUAUGCAAGAUUUUUUUUGCAGUUUAUUCUACAAUUAAUAUCUGUACAUAUAUGAUGUUAAGAUUAGAAAUAAAAAUAAAUUACACAACCUAAA